AUGGACUACCUUAGCUGGAUCUCCAAAAUACAAGUGAAUCAACCGGCAGUUCUGAGGCGUGCAGAACAAAUCCAGGCCCGCAGACCUGUGAAAAAGGAGUGGCAGGCUGCUUGGCUCCUGAAAGCUGUUACCUUUAUAGAUCUUACUACACUUUCAGGCGACGACACAUCUUCCAACAUUCAAAGGCUCUGUUAUAAAGCCAAGUAUCCAAUCCGAGAAGAUCUCUUAAAAGCUUUAAAUAUGCACGAUAAAGGCAUUACUACAGCUGCCGUUUGUGUUUAUCCUGCCCGGGUAUGUGAUGCAGUAAAAGCACUAAAGGCUGCAGGCUGUGAUAUCCCAGUGGCAUCAGUGGCCACUGGCUUUCCAGCUGGGCAGACUCAUUUAAAAACACGAUUAGAAGAGAUCAGAUUGGCUGUGGAAGAUGGAGCUUCAGAAAUUGACGUGGUAAUUAACAGGACCUUGGUGCUGACAGGCCAGUGGGAAGCCCUGUAUGAUGAGAUUCGUCAGUUUCGCAAGGCCUGUGGAGAGGCUCAUCUCAAAACUAUCUUAGCAACAGGAGAACUUGGAUCUCUUACGAAUGUCUAUAAAGCCAGUAUGAUAGCCAUGAUGGCAGGAUCAGAUUUUAUUAAGACCUCUACUGGAAAAGAAACAGUAAAUGCCACCUUCCCAGUAGCUAUAGUCAUGCUACGGGCCAUUAGGGAUUUCUUCUGGAAAACUGGAAACAAGAUAGGCUUUAAGCCGGCAGGAGGCAUCCGCAGCGCGAAGGACUCCCUUGCAUGGCUCUCUCUCAUAAAGGAGGAGCUAGGGGAUGAGUGGCUGAAGCCAGAACUCUUUCGAAUAGGUGCCAGCACUCUGCUCGCGGACAUCGAGAGGCAGAUUUACCAUCACGUGACUGGAAGAUAUGCAGCUUAUCAUGAUCUUCCCAUGUCUUAA